UUUCGAUGAACGCCGUUAGCCGCGGCACAAAGAAUAGGAAAUUAAAUCUUUGGCGGUGUUUGUGCAAAUGCGAUGUGGAGACUAAAAAUUAAAAAUUGAAGGAAAACAAGAAAGGAUGCAAAAGAAAAAGGACGCCUAAUCCAAGCUGUUGCCCAUUAUUGUUGGACUUCAACGACAGGAAGCAAGACCUACUAGAGGAUCCCAGUGGGAUUUCGCUCUUUACAUGGAGAUCCUACCGGGCGUGUCCUCGCCAAGAAACCCCCAGAAUAAUCUCCGAAGAGCUCCAUUGGGGAAUCACACCACCUCCACCAGCUACUUGGCAGCUAAAGCGGUAAUGGCGGACGCGCCCGUUAAGGGGCACCUGGAAAAGCCAUUGUUAGAAUGCUGGUCGACUUCCUCCAGCAUUAGGCGGGACAACCCCGUUCAAAAUCCGGCUCCUUCUUCCUGCAGAUGGCGCGGAAAAGAUGGCGAAGCAUCCGUGGGACGAGAAGGAAGCUUUAUACUACUAUUUUACAUGAAUAAAAACAUUCGCUGAACAUUCCAUUUAUUU